AAUGUAUGAAAGUGGGAGUGCUGAGGCUACCCGGCACACACAGAUAGACACAAACUAUACAACCGAUUUCAUUGUAUGAGUGUGGGAGGUGUGUGAGAGAAAUUUAGUUUGUAAUUGUAUGUACUUCAUGUUUUAAAAUUGAAUGGUAGCUCGCUUUGUGUUCUCGUGAAACAAGUACGAUUACUGGUAUAGGCAAGUUUUAAAUAAAAGAGUCAGCUUGCUUGCUAGGGAGCUACGAACUAGCUAGCUGGCUACAACGCAAACUGUAAUAAAGAGAAUUGGACUUAGGGGUAAAACAAAAGAAUAUAAACUUUGCAGGUUGCCACUGGACGAAGACAUAACGGAGAGGCAUCGUUAAAGAAAGGAAGCCAUGCCGUCAGUAAUGGAGAAGAGUGGGUCAGGUGUUCUGUCUCGAAGCAGAGCUAAGAGUGUUACCAAUGGCAACAGCCAGCAUUCUGAGGAGGACAGCAGUGGCGAGGAACACACACACGACAGCAUGAUUCGAGUUGGAGGGGACUAUCAAGCUCAGAUUCCAGAAUUCAAACCUGACAAUCCUGCUCGCCUCAGUGGAAAGGAUCAGAGGAGCAUGUUAGUCUGGUCCCCCAGCUCCGUGGUAUCUGAUGCAAAGUUGGAUGAAUAUAUUCUGAUGGCGAAGGAGAGACAUGGAUACAACAUGGAACAGGCCUUGGGAAUGCUGCUUUGGCACAAGCAUGAUGUGGAGAAGUCCCUGGCUGAUCUGGCCAACUUCACACCCUUCCCAGAGGAGUGGACAGUGGAGGACAAGGUGCUGUUCGAGCAGGCCUUCAGCUUCCAUGGCAAGAGCUUCCACCGAAUCCAGCAGAUGCUGCCGGACAAGCUGAUCUCAAGCUUAGUGAAGUACUAUUACUCUUGGAAGAAAACAAGGACCCGUACCAGCGUGAUGGACAGACAGGCCCGACGGCUGGUGAGCAAGAGGGAGAAGGACGACAGUAAUGAUGAGAUGGAAGAAGGAGAUGCAGGGAGCGACAGCGACUUUGAAGUGGACACUAAAAAAGAGGCUCCGAAGCAGAGUACCAGCAGUGGAGGGGGAGGGGAGAAGGGGAGUUCUGGAAGGUGUGGUCCAGUUAGAAAGGAGAACCAGGGGUCACAGUACCGACAUCAUCCUCUCCGGGCUCGUCGACGUCCCCCAAAAGGAAUGUACCUGAUCCAGGAAGAUAUCACAUGCCUGUCUACGUCCCCCGAGACGGGGACUGUGUCCCUCAGGCAGCUGGACAUGCAGCUGGUGUCUUUAAAGAGACAGGUGCAGAGCAUCAAGCAGGUUAACAGCAGCCUCAAGCAAGGACUGGAAGGAGGAAUCGACGCCCUGCGGCCAUGCGAGCCAACCCCCAAGAUUAACUCCCGCUGGGCUACGGAGGAGCAGCUGCUGGCUGUGCAGGCUAUCAGACGUUACGGCAAAGACCUGGCAGCCAUCGCCGAGGUCAUCGGGAACAAGACGGCGUCCCAGGUGAGCUCCUUCUUCGCCAGCUACCGGCGGCGUUUCAAUCUGGACGAGGUGCUGCGGGAGUGGCAGGCAGAGCAGGAGGUGCAGGCCGGGACCACCGAGGAGGCCAAGGGAGCGGCAGGAGGGGUGUUGGGGAGCACUGAGGAUGAGGAGGUGCGGAUCAGUGGCGCUCCCCUUCCUUCUCCUCCAUCCAUGGGCAGCAGUACCAACACCAACUCAAACUCCAACCAAACUCCACCUCCUCUAUCUCAACCACCCCCGUUGCUGCGCCCUGGGCCUCCCCCAGCCACUCCCAGCUUACUCCGCCAGCCCCCUCCCCUGCAGACUCGCCCCUUGCAAACCCGCACCCCUCACAACCACCCCCCUCCACCUCUCAUUCGGCCUGCCAUCAACUCCACCCUCCACCGAAACUCCAGCAUCAGUUCAUCUCCCUCCACGAUCACCCAGAUACCACCCUCCCUGGUGGGACUAAAAGUAGAACCCUCACACUCUCACUGACGGGAGGGGGGGGGUGAGGAGAGGGCGGGGGGGUUUACACAUGGCCAUUAUAGAGAUGGGCAUUUUGAGUGACAGCAGACCAUCACACACAUUGGUCUUAUGGUAACUAGUGCAUAGUCAUCCCUCUACCUCUUCCCCCACAUGGACAACACAGCCAUCCAGGAUCUGCACCACAUAAGUCCUUCUGAACCGCUGCCCACCCCUCCAAUGAAGACAAACUAUAGCUGCAGGCCCGGCUAAGACUUCCAUUACUGCUGCCUGGGGCAAAUGGAACACACCCACUUUUUUUGUUUUUUCUUGUACCCCCCCCCCACCCCCCCCCGGCAGCCAUAUGUUCACAGGUUCCGUUAACUGUCCCGUUGCUGUGAAAAUAACAAAAAAAAAAAAAAAACCUGAAAACAGAAGUAUACACUGGAUUGUAGAAGGCAGGAUUGGCCUCCGCUUGUUGCCAUGGCAACAUCAGAACCCUUCCGCGGGCAGGAUUCCUGAGACGGAGGAGCACUGUGAAUGUUGGGAUGUUAAUCAAAGUGAAAGGAAAGGAGGAUCAGUUUCAUCUAGAUAAACAUUAAGUAGCUCUGUGCCGUUCCCAGUGCACUGGGGGAAAAGGCAUUAGAAACGUUCUCUACCUUUUUUAGAUAAUGUAGGAAUAAACAAAAGCACUACUCUACUACCUGAUCCAAACACUGACACACUAAACUCGCAAUCAUGCACAAACACUUCUGCUGUCAAACACUGAUGUGAUGAAUCGCAGUAAGCAUACAGCAUUAGUUACCUUUUUACAUUUUUGUGAAGGUGUGUAUGUGAAUUGUAUACGUUAGACUGGAAUUGUUUGUGAUCUUUUUAUAUAUAGAAUAAAGCUAAAUUUGCAUUGUU